CAGAACUCUAUAAUUUUUAGAGCAGACACGUUUCAUUCCACAUUGCAGCAUUUAUUCUUUGUAGUUUUAAAAACUUAUAAAAGCUAAUAGACAGUAGGAAUUAUGAGUGAAACUGUUGCCGAGGGCGUGGAGGCUUUGACUCUUAACAAUGCCAAGGAGACUGACGAGCAAGUUGUUACUGGUGAAGAGGUGACAGUAGGUGAUGACCAAAAUGAUGUUGUGGAUCCAUGGAAUGUUUCCAGUACCAGUGAUACUGGCAUCGAUUAUGAGAAGUUAAUCAAACGCUUUGGUUCAUCCCGAAUCGAUGACGAAUUAAUAGCACGUAUUGAAAAGAUAACUGGCAAGCCAGCACAUCAUUUAAUACGCCGUGGAAUAUUUUUUUCUCAUCGUGAGCUCAAUACCAUUUUAACGCUCAAGGAACAAGGCAAGGCAUUUUACUUGUAUACGGGUCGGGGACCAAGCUCAGAAUCACUCCAUUUGGGCCAUUUAAUUCCAUUCAUUAUGACAAAAUAUCUCCAAGAAGCAUUCGAUGUGCCUUUGGUUAUACAAAUGUCUGAUGAUGAAAAGACAUUGUGGAAAGAUUUGAAAGUUGAAGAUGCUAUUAAAUUGGCACACGAAAAUGCAAAGGAUAUUAUCGCCAUGGGAUUUGAUGUCGAAAAGACGUUUAUUUUUAAUAAUUUAACUUUUAUGGGACAAUGUCCAGCAUUCUAUCAAAACAUCAUACGCAUGCAAAAAUGUGUAACUUUUAACCAAGUUAAGGGUAUUUUUGGAUUUGGAGACUCCGAUAUUAUUGGCAAAAUUGGAUUCCCCGCUGUUCAAGCUGCACCAGCUCUUUCAAGUACAUUUCCAUUUAUUUUCGGAAAUAAAAAAACCCACUGCCUUAUACCUUGCGCUAUUGAUCAAGAUCCAUAUUUCCGCAUGUGCAGAGAUGUAGCACCACGUUUAGGCUUUCCCAAAUGCGCACUGAUACAUUCGACUUUCUUCCCCGCCUUACAAGGUGCUAAGUCCAAAAUGUCUGCCAGUGAACAAAACUCGGCUGUUUUUUUGACCGAUACUCCCAAACAGAUUAAAAAUAAAAUUAAUAAAUAUGCCUUUUCGGGUGGCCGCGUUACUGUAGAGGAACACCGAAAAUUAGGUGGCAUACCAGAUAUUGAUGUUGCCUACCAAUUACUCAAAUUCUUUUUGGAAGACGACGAAAAACUUGAAGAGAUACGCCUUGCCUAUAGUAAGGGUGAAUUGUUAACGGGUGAAAUUAAAAAGAUUGCGAUUGAGACUGUAACUCCUAUUGUGGAACGCCAUCAAGCUGCUCGUAAGUUGGUGACUGAUGAAGUUUUACAGAAAUUUAUGGAAAUACGUCCGUUGAAGUUCGGCUAAGCAAGUUAAACUGUUAUUUGCACAUAGUGUUACUACGACUUUGUCACAAUUAAAAAUAUUUUUUUUAUUUAUUUUCGCUUGUAAUACGAUAAAAAAUUAUUUUUUAGAAAUACAUUAAAGUUCUUUUUGCGUUUAGAAUAAAACAAUUAUAUACAACAAUACAAAAGCCUACAAUGUCGAUAAAGUAUUUAAAAUUAUAAGGAAUUUCAAAAUAAAAUUGCAUUGCAAAUAUUUGAACGAUA